AUAUUUAAAGACAUGCACUGGCACGAUGUUUCUAAGUGAAGUGCAUUUUACAAUGAGAGUCCCUCUGGCUAUCUCUUUUAAUCUAGCUGUACUCUCUUCACUGCUUUCUCCUUUGAGAGCCAGUCCAAGAAAAUGUGGUGUCUCCAUCAAUGAUUUGGCUCUYCGUGGACAUGUUACCGAAGCAAUUCAAGUUGAUAAUAUUCACUUYUGCAAUGAAGAGUGCAAAAAGAAGAUCGGAUGCAUGAGUACCAACUUUUAUCGCGAUAGCAUGCUGUGUGAGCUUAAUAACAGGACGAUUGCAGCAAAACCACACCAGAAAGCUGUUCACGUUGGUGCAGCGUAUUUUGAUCGACUAAACCCUGAAGCUAUCGGAUCUCAUGAGGAAAUCCCMGCAGAAUCCUGCAUGGAAAUACAAAAUAUCACUGGUUCAUCAAACAGUGGUUUAUACUGGGUCAAGAAUGAAAUUAGCGGGAAGGUAGAAAGGAUACGUUGCAAUGGUGGGAUUCCAGAUUACUGCAGUUCCAACUCAUGUGCAAAUGGAGGAACUUGCGUCAGUGGAGCCAGUGAUUUUAGUUGUACAUGUCCAGCGGGAUUCGAAGGGAAAACAUGCGCUACUAUCAAAAAUUCCCAGUGGCAAGAAUACAGUCCUUAYUGGUGCACUAGUAGCUAUCGCAGUGGAAGGCAGGACGGCUUGACAAAAGAUCAGUGCAAGGCCAAAUGUACAGGGAGCUGUAAGGGUAUGGAAUGGUGGGAAAAGAAUGGAGCGUGCUUUUUUUGCAGCGAUCCAUCGAAAAGACAAUCGUUUACUAAUACAAAGGAUAGCGCCUACCCUCCUUAUGUGUUGGUUGCAUCUUAAAGAUGAAAGUCCUCAACUUUGUACGUUGAACCUUCACCAUCUUGAGUAAACGUUUCAUAGUUUUGCAUCGAAGUAGUCUGGAAAAAGUGAUCAAUUUCCAUAGUAUGUGAAAAAUCAUGGAAUUGUCGAUUUACAGUGAAUUUUACACACAAUGUAAAUUUAUUAAUUAACACAGAUCAAGGGAAAAUUAAAUCAUGUCAAUAACGAARCCCUGUAAAUGCGGAACAAUCGUGUAAAUAUAAAUUUACGGCAUCUUUACAUGAUUUUUACAUACUAUGGAAAUUGAUCWCUUCUUCCAUKAGACGACCUGUAAGCCUGCAGUGAUAAAAAACUUCUUUCACUGCUGUGGGCAUGCUCAGUGGUCGUCUCACUUUGAUGCAAAGUUACCUUUCAAGAUGGCGCAGGAAUGUGUGCAGGGUAAAAAAAAAAUGUUAUUUACACCGACGGAUAAUUCACCUUUCUUUAUCAGAUAAUUUUAUUGUUUUUUAUAGUUUGAAAACAGUCUCAAAACAUUCGUCGGAUGAUGUUUAUAUAUCUCAUUCUAUAUCAUCAAGUGGAGUCCACAAAGCUAUGUUGUCUGUACUAAAACAUCUCUUGGUACACUGGACAUCCGUAUUAAUUUAAAAAAUGUAUUUUUGAUAUUAGGUUUAAGUUGAAGUACAAAUGAAACCUUUUAGAAAAUCAUUUAAA